CUGAACGCGCAAAAUUUGAAAGAAGACCGGAAACAUCGUUGAUAGGAAGAAAACAGUGUGCUGCUCCUUAGCACGUCAAUGUCUCCGUUAAUAUAACAAAAAUAAACUUUUAAUACCUGCAUGGCAGUUUGGUUACCUGUCGUUAGGACACCAUGUUGAAGUUUAAAUACGCGAGUCAGGGAAGCCUGAAGUCGCUGUCUUCCUCCUCGGACCCCAUCACCAUUCGCAGCUCGCGACUUAAUCAGGUGUUUCAGGGCCGAGUGGGCUUGAGUGGGCAGCAGGGAGGAUGCACUUUAGGUCGGGAAGAGUUUUUGGAGGCCCUGCUUUUACUUUACCAAGAGUGCUGCUCCCCAGAGCUGAUGAGGAUACAUCAUGUGGCAAACUUUGUUGAUAAGUUUUCUGAUGUGGUCUCAGAGCUGCAGUCCCUGCAGCCUCGGCCUCAGGACUUUGAAGUACGUGCAGUGGUGGGUCGUGGUCACUUUGCUGAAGUAAAAGUGGUCCGGGAGAAGGCAACCGGGGAUGUUUGUGCUCUGAAAGUUAUGGACAAGAUAGUCUUACGCACACAAGAAAAUGUGGUUUUUCAUGAGGAGGAGCGGAGGAUCCUGGCUCUGAACAGCAGUCCCUGGAUCCCUGAGCUUCUGUACGCAUUCCAGGAUAAAGAACAUGUCUACCUAGCGAUGGAGUACUUGCCGGGCGGUGACCUGAUGUCCUUGCUGAACCGAUACGAGGAUCAGUUCGAUGAGUCCAUGGCUCAGUUUUAUUUAGCUGAGCUAGUGGAGGCCAUUCAUGCUGUUCACUUGCUGGGCUACGUCCACAGAGAUGUCAAACCAGAGAACGUUCUCAUCGAUCGGACUGGUCACAUUAAGCUGGCAGACUUCGGAUCAGCUGCCAGGCUGACUGCUAACAAAACAGUUGCAGCUCCCACAGUGCCGGUUGGAACUCAGGACUUCCUGUCGCCUGAGGUUCUGGCAGCUAUGAAUGGGGGCUCCAACAACUCCUACGGGGUUGAGUGUGACUGGUGGUCUCUUGGGGUCAUAGCCUAUGAGAUGAUUUAUUCCAGGUCGCCUUUUUCUGGUGGCACUUCUGCCAAAACAAUCAACAACAUCUUCAACUUUGAGCAUUUCCUUAAGUUUCCGGCGGCGCCGCAAGUCAGUAAGCAGUUUGUAGACCUACUGCAGAGAUUGCUGUGUGGAGCCAAAGAGAGGCUGGGUUUCCAGGGACUCCGCUGUCACUCUUUCUUCUCCAGCGUCGACUGGAACAACUUAAGACAAGUUCUCCCGCCUUUUGUUCCUGCGUUGCACGCUGAAGAUGACACCUCUAAUUUUGAGGAGCCGGAGCAGGCAGCCCCCCGGCCAGCCUCAGCAGCCCAGCGAGGAGCUCUGCCAGUGGGCUUCCAGGGCCAGGAUCUGCCUUUUCUAGGCUGGUUCUUCAGCAGAGCGUUGACGACGUUGGCAAAAACUGAGGCGGUGUCAGCAGGCCUUAACUCCCCUGCUAAGACCAACUCUAUGGAAAAGAAGUUACACAUUAAAAGCAGAGAACUACAAGAAACUCAAGACAAAUGUCACAAGAUGGAGCAGGAGAUCUCCAGGUUCCAGCGUAAAAUGACUGACCUGGAGUCAGUUCUCCACCAGAAGGAUGUGGAGCUGAAGGCAUCUGAGACUCAGAGGGGCAUUCUAGAGCAAGACCUCGCCACCUACAUUACCGAAUGCAGUAGCCUAAAGCGGAGCUUGGAAGAGGCACGUGUGGAAGUCUCCAGAGAGGAUGACAAGGCCAUGCAGCUGCUGCACGAUAUUCGCGAACAGAGCAACAAGCUGCAGGAAAUUAAAGAGCAAGAGUACCAUGCUCAGCUGGAGGAGAUGCAGGUGACCAUCAGGCAGCUAGAGGAGGACCUGUCAGCUGCUCGACGCCGCAGUGACCUCUAUGAAUCUGAACUCAGAGACUCCAGACAAACAGGCGAGGACCUCAAAAGGAAAGCUGUGGAGUAUCAGCAGAGAAUCCAGAAAGCUAAAGAACAAGGCAAAGCUGAUGUGGAGGAACUUCUCUCCAAACUAGAGAAGACCAAUGCUGAGCAGCAGGUGAAAAUCCAGGAGCUGCAAGACAAACUGUCCAAGGCAGUGAAAGCGAGCACAGAAGCCACUGAGCUGCUGCAGAAUGUACGGCAGGCCAAAGAGCGACUGGAACGAGACCUGGAGCGCCUUCGAGGCAAAACCGACUCCAGUGACACCUUAAAACGCCGCCUAAGGGAGACAGAGCAGGAGGGCAGGAAGACACUGGAGAACCAGGUAAAGAGGCUGGAGAUGGUUGAGCGGCGGGAGAAUAAGCUGAAAGAUGACAUUCAGACCAAAUCCCAGCAGAUCCAGCAGAUGGCUGAAAAGAUCCUGGAGCUAGAGGAGAACCUCAGAGAUGCCCAGUCGACGGCCCAGCGGAUGGAAACUCAGCUGACUCAGAAGGAGAGGCUUUUUGAAGACAAGAUAAAGGUUCUGGAGGCCCAGAUGAAGACUGAUCUGGCUGACAAGGAGAGCCUGGAGGCCAGAAGAGCCCUGCAGGAGGAGGAGUCUAGAGAGAACUGCAAACUCAUCAGUGAACAGAAAGCAACCAUUAAUGCCAUGGAUUCCAAGAUGAAGAACCUUGAGCAGCGCAUCGCUGAGCUGUCAGAGGCUAACAAGCUGGCCGCUAACAGCAGCAUCUACACCCAGAAGAAUAUGAAAGCUCAGGAGGAGAUGAUUUCAGAGCUUCGACAGCAAAAGUUCUAUUUGGAGUCUCAGGCAGGAAAGUUGGAGGCCCAAAAUGCCAAACUGGAAGAGCACCUGGAGAAGAUGAGUCAGCAGGAGCAGACCAAGAGGACCCGUCUGCUGGAGCUGGAGAGCAGGCUGCGAGAGAUGGGCCUAGAACAUGAAGAGGAGAAGCUGGAGAUCAAGAGACAGGUGUCAGAGUUGACCCUCUCUCUGCAGGAGCGCGAGUCCCAGAUUAGCAGCCUGCAGGCUGCUCGUCUUGCCCUGGAGAGCCAGCUGCAGCAAGCAAAGACCGAGCUGGAGGAGACCACCGCUGAGGCUGAGGAGGAGAUCACCGCCCUUAGGAAUCACAGAGACGAAAUUCAGCGCAAGUUUGAUGCCUUGAGAGACAGUUGCUCAGUGUUGCCUCAGGUGAUCACUGACCUAGAGGAGCAGCUCACACAGCUGAGUCAGGAGAAUGCCGAGUUGAACCGCCAGAACUUCUACCUGUCCAAGCAGCUCGAUGAAGCGUCUGAUGAGAGGGAGGACCAGAUGCAGCUCAGCCAGGAGGUAGACAGGAUGAGGAGGGAGGUGGCUGACCGGGAGAUGCACCUCAACAACCAGAAACAGAACAUUGAGACACUGAAGACAACAUGCAGCAUGCUGGAGGAGCAGGUGGUGGAGCUGGAGUCCCUAAAUGACGAGCUACUGGAGAAGGAGAGGCAGUGGGAGGCUUGGAGAGGUGCCCUGGAGGAUGAAAAAAGCCAAGCUGAGAGACGCACCAGAGACCUGCAGAGAAUAUUGGACAAUGAGAAGCAGAACAGGCUCCGUGCAGACCAGCGCAGCACUGAGUCCCGCCAGGCGGUGGAACUAGCAGUCAAAGAGCACAAAGCUGAAAUAGUGGCCUUACAGCAAGCCUUGAAGGAGCAGAGACUGAAGGCUGAAAGUCUGUCUGACACUCUCAAUGAUCUGGAGAAAAAGCACGCCAUGCUGGAGAUGAACGCCCGCAGCUUACAGCAGAAACUGGAGACAGAGAGAGAGCUGAAACAGAGGCUGAUGGAGGAGCAAGGGAAGCUGCAGCAGCAGAUGGACCUCCAGAAGAGCCACAUAUUCCGUCUGACCCAAGGCCUGCAGGACGCCCUGGACCAGACAGACAUGCUCAAGACUGAGCGCACCGAUCUGGAGUACCAGCUGGAGAACAUACAGGCUGUGUACUCCCAUGAGAAGGUGAAGAUGGAGGGGACCAUCUCUCAGCAGACCAAACUCAUUGACUUUCUUCAGGCUAAAAUGGACCAGCCCACCAAGAAGAAAAAGCAGGGUAUAUUCGGGCGCCGUCGAGAGGAUGUAGGCACGACCACCAAUGGGGCACUGGGUCCACAGGUGCAGCCCGCUGUCCCCAUGCAGUAUGGUGACAUGAAACUGGCUCUGGAGAAGGAGCGCUCGAGGUGUGCAGAGCUGGAAGAGGCCCUGCAAAAGAUGAGGAUAGAGCUGCGAUCUCUCAGAGAAGAAGCGGCUCAUUUCAAAGCCCAGGAACACGUGGCUCCUUCCACACCAGCUCAGGCUCGACAUCAAAUCCUCAUGUCGGCUAUUGUCAAAUCCCCAGAACAUCAACCCAACCCCAGUAGCCUGCUGAACCCCUCCACCCGCUGCAAGGAGACCUCCACCCCUGAAGAGUUCGGACGUCGUGUAAAGGAGAGAAUGCAUCACAACAUCCCUCAUCGCUUCACCGUGGGCCUCAACAUGAGGGCUGCCAAGUGUGCCGUUUGCCUGGACACUGUGCAUUUUGGACGUCAGGCGGCCACUUGUCUAGAGUGCAACACCUUGUGUCACCCUAAAUGCUCACCAUGUCUCCCUGCCACCUGUGGUCUACCUGCUGAGUAUGCCACUCACUUCUCAGAAGCUCUUUGCAGGGAAAAAGCAAACUCUCCUGCACUGCAGGUCAAAGAGGCCAGUGGGCAUGUUCGCUUGGAGGGAUGGAUGAAGCAGCCAAGGAAUGGAAAGCGUGGACAGCAGGGCUGGGAGAGGAAGUAUGUGGUGCUAGAUGGAACCAAAGUAUCCAUCUAUGAUUCUGAGCCCAGGGAAGACUGUUUAAAAGCUGAGGAUGAGUUUGAGCUCUGUCUGCCUGAUGGAGAGGUUACCGUUCACGGAGCUGUCGGAGCCUCCGAGCUCAUCAACACCGCCAAGUCAGACAUCCCGUAUGUGUUAAAGCUGGAGUCACAUCCCCACACCACCUGCUGGCCAGGCCAGUCCAUCUACUUCAUGGCUCCCAGCUUCCCUGACAAGCAGCGCUGGGUGGCUGUUCUUGAGUCCGUGGUGGCCGGUAGCCGAGGCUCAAGAGACAAAGUGGAUGCUGAUGCUGUAAGUGCUAAACUUCUGGGUAAUUCUCUGCUGAAGCUGGAAGGUGAUGACCGUCUGGACAUCAACUGCACUCUGCCUCUCACUGACCAGAUCGUCUUGGUCGGCUCUGAGGAGGGUCUGUAUGCUCUCAACGUCAUAAAGAACUCUUUGACACAUAUCCCUGGCCUGACUUCCGUUUUCCAGAUCCAAAUCUUGAAGGACCUCGAUAAGCUGCUGAUGAUCACUGGGGAGGAUAGGGCCUUGUGUCUGGUCGAGAUCAAGAAGAUUAAACAGUCUUUGUCACAGUCCCAUCUCCCUGCUCCACCUGACCUCAACCCCUUUAUCUUUGAGGCAGUCAAAGGAUGCCACCUCUUUUCCUCGGGAAAGAUAGACAACGGCAUCUGUAUCUGUGCUGCUAUGCCUAACAAGAUAACAAUUCUGCGACACAAUGAAAGCCUGAACAAGUUCUGCAUCAGAAAGGAGAUUGAGACAUCAGAGCCCUGCAGCUGCAUUCACUUCACUGGCUACAGUAUCAUCAUCGGCACCAACAAGUUCUAUGAGAUUGAGAUGAAGCAGUAUGUGCUGGAAGAGUUUCUGGAUAAAAACGACGUGACGUUAGCUUCAGCUGUCUUUGCCGCGUCCUCCCACAGCUUCCCCAUAUCCAUCAUCCAGGUCACCACGGCUCCACAAAAAGAUGAAUACCUACUCUGUUUCCAUGAGUUUGGUGUGUUUGUGGAUGCAUAUGGCCGCAGGAGUAGAAGUGAUGAUAUCAAAUGGAGCCGUCUGCCUCUUUCAUUUGCCUAUAGAGAGCCUUACCUGUUUGUGACCUACUUCAACUCUCUGGAUGUUAUUGAGAUCCAGGGACAUGCUGCUCUGGGGCCACACUCAUAUGCACACCUGGAUAUCCCCAACCCACGCUACCUUGGCCCAGCCAUCUCCUCUGGGGCCAUCUACCUGGCCUCUUCCUACCAGAAUAAACUGCGAGUCAUUUGCUGCAAAGGGAAUCUGGUCCAGAGCCAGGAAGGUGUAGGAGACCUGCAGCGGAACGGCUCUGGACGCAGCCCCAACAAGCGUGGGCCUCCCUCCUACAACGAGCACAUCUCUAAAAGGCUGGCGGCCAAUCCCAUGGCCCAUGGAGACCCCGGCACACCUCACCGCUACCGAGAGGCUCGCACAGAGUUCCGACGGGACAAGUCCCCAAGCCGUCCACUAGAGAGAGAGAAAUCUCCUGGGAGGAUGCUGGAGAGUCGGAUAGUGGGGUCUCCAGGGAGAGCCAUGGCUGACCCGCGGUUAGAUCGCUCCCCGGGGAGGGCCAUGGCAGACCCUCGCAUGGACCGUUCUCCUGGCCGGAUGAUGGAGUAUCACAGGGAGAGGUCCCCCGGACGAUACGAGGAGCGCCAAAGACUCCAUACUGGCUCUGGUCGCACGCCCAUAAACCCUGUCAACAAGGUUUGGGAUCAGUCAUCAGUUUGAAGGCAAGCAGAGUCACAUCAUGGAAAAGGGAAAAAAGACAGAGCAGAAAAUCCAGUGAGAAUGUCACCAACUCAUGACAAAACACUGCCACACAUCAGUUUUGUCGGACAUCUAAGCUGAAAAAUCCACAGAGGAAACAACUGUAGCAGUCACAAAAGAGAAAGAGAGAAAUAAAUUGAUGUCAUUAAAGUCAGGUUAUUUUUCUCAAUAAACAAACCCGAGUCAAUAAAGGUAAAAAAAAUGCCAUAUUUCACGACUUUCUGAGCAGGGAUUUCGCGAUGUAUUAGUGGAUGUAGAAGGGAUCAAUAAAUCAAUUUAUUCUGUUCUUCAAAAACAAAACAUUAGAUCUGACAUCUCAACUUUAGCUGUCCUCAGUGGGUUUUGCUAGUUUUAAGAUAACUCCAGACACUAGUGACCAAGAUAAGCACAGCCGUAGCAAUUUCACCUUUCAAGUCAAUGCCUAAGUAUUUACAAAGUUAGUCAAUAGUGGAAAUGGCAGAGGUUCACUUAAAAUAGUAUUAGUACAGCUGGCUCCUUUCAUGCUCUGUCCACAGUAGCUUCAGAUUAGGCCAGGAGAGGUCUACUCAUCUUAAAGCAUUUCUGUCUCCAGCCCCGAGCUGAUGUGUCAACACACAAUCAUUACCAGCUAAUUACAAUCAUCCUCUGCUGAUCUCUGCGCUCACUUAAGGUGACUGGACCUGGAUGGAGCACAAAUAAAUUCAAAAGAUUCAAACACACAAGCCCUCUCUGCCCUGUAGAACCACACAUCCAAUGAUUGUCUGCCCUGGGAUAGGCCGACACUAAAAAAACUGCACUACCCACUAUCCUCAGCAGGAGUUUCUAAUCCUUCAGAACGUUAUCUGACUGUAAAUAGACAAGACAUAAUUUUAUAUAUAUUGAGAAGGAAUUUCAAGGCUGGAUAAGCCAUGUCUAUUUUUGUUAAAGAAAAAAAGUGAUUACGUGUCCUCUUGAAUGUCCGAUGAGUAUUCUUUUAACAUGUCCAAACAUUCUUUAUCAAGUGAGUGAUUGUAUCUGGAUCCAACUUGUGUAUGCACUUCCAUUUGUCAAAGGCAAAAACCCAAGUGCUGAAGUAUAUGACAGGAGAAGAAAAAAAAACGAUCAUGGUUGAAGCUUACACAUAGUACUUGAGCAUUUCUUUUUGUACCAUGUCCCUUAUAUUGUAUAUAACCCAAAAUUGUGCAAGGUGAAGAUAAAAUAAUCUUUGUUUUUAUUCCUGAUUCGUAAAUGGCAUGGAUAUGUAUACCUGAAAUGAAAUGGAGUGUUGUCUUCUGCUUCAGCCUCAUUGGGGUUCUAUUUUUAUUCCACAGUUUAACAGCGAAGCACGUGAAUAACAUCUCCUUUCUUUGAACCAUUACAGACUUGCACAGGAAGUUCAUCUGAUUAUAAUUACUCUUUCUUUUACUGAAGCACUCUUGGCAUGUUAAACAGCCGGCCCAACCUAUAGACACUAAACUCAGUCCAAAUAUAGUCCAACUUUCACUGUCAACAUGCCUUUAUCUGACAUAAUCCUGUCUAAGGAAAUACAAAAUUCCAGUGAUUUUUGAUAGUAUUUCUCACUGAUUAAAGAUGAGAUGCCAGACUUUAACAUGCCCAGUGUGCCUACAAACAGUAGGACUCUCAAUAGGAAGGUUUUUUCCCCCACUCUUUGGUCAACUCGGGUUUAUUUUUGGUAUAAAUAUCUUCCUGAAUGUAUUUAAGCCCAGAAGAUACAACAGAUUUAUAUUGGUCAACAGAAAGCACUCAGUGCUACAGAUUGCACAAGUUGUCCACUAGUCUUCAUGCCUUUCUUUUCAAGAGGGGUUUCCAUCCAUUAACUUAAUUUUUUAUUCUUUUAAACUUGUGUUUCUUUUCACAUGAUCCUGAAUCAUAAUGCUGUAACGCUGGAUAUGAUAUUGAUGUCUGCUAACAAAUGUUUUAUUAGCGUUCCCUGUAGAGAUUUUGUCACAGAAUAUUAAAUAUUAUAACCAUUGUCUUUCA